AGCUCCCUUCCCUGCAGCCGGCGCUUCCCCGGCGUCCCUGUCUGGUGCUGGCCGAGCAGGCCUGGCAGAGGGCGCUGCCCCUCCCUGGGAGCCGCUGGAGGAGGAUGCGCUCAGAGCCGCGCCAUGGGGAGCUCGGUGAGGAAGGGCAGAGCGGUGCUGCCGGCGGAGCAGGCUACCCGCCCCAGCAGGGAGCAGCCCCACCGAGCAGCAACAGAAGAUUAUCACCAUGAAGCUCAGAAUGCAAACAAUGGACAAGCCAUUACAGCUUUCUGCAAAAAUAAAGAUACAGACCUGCAGUUUAAAAUACAGGCCUACAUAGAUAAAAACACUGUUAUGAUCUUCAGUAACACAGCGUGCAGUCUCUCUGCUAAGGUGAAGGAGCUGUUCAAAUCCAUGAGCGUUCCCUACUGUUCGCUUGAACUUGACCAGACAGAGGAUGGGCAGAAGCUGCAAGACGUACUAUAUGAACUAACCAUGGAAACUUCAGUACCAAUUGUAUUUGUGCAGCAGAAGCAAAUAGGAGAUUAUGACAAAACUUUAAAGGCACAUAAGGAAGGAAAGAUUCAAAAACUACUUGAAACAAAGGGACAUGAUCACAUGCAGGAUUCCUAUGACUACGAUCUCAUUGUCAUUGGAGGGGGUUCUGGAGGUCUGGCUGCUUCCAAGGAGGCUGCCAAGUAUGGCAAGAAAGUGAUGGUGCUGGACUACGUUACUCCUACUCCUCAGGGAACUAGAUGGGGUCUUGGAGGGACGUGUGUAAAUGUGGGUUGUAUACCUAAAAAACUGAUGCAUCAGGCAGCUUUGCUAGGACAAGCCUUACAAGAUUCACGCAAGUUUGGAUGGCAGUUUGAGGAGAAGGUCAAACACAGCUGGGAGACAAUGACAGAAGCUGUUCAGAAUUACAUUGGCUCUCUCAAUUGGGGCUACAGGGUGUCUUUGAGAGAGAAGAAGGUCACAUAUGAGAAUGCUUUUGGAGAAUUUGUUGGGCCGCACACAAUUAAGGCAACAAAUAACAAAGGAAAAGAGAAAUUUUACACAGCGGAGAAAUUUCUGAUUGCCACUGGUGAAAGGCCGCGCUACCUGGGUGUCCCUGGAGACAAGGAAUACUGCAUUACCAGUGACGAUCUCUUCUCUCUGCCUUACUGUCCAGGAAAGACCCUGGUGGUUGGAGCUUCCUACGUUGCCCUUGAAUGUGCUGGAUUUCUUGCAGGUCUUGGUUUGGAUGUAACUGUAAUGGUGCGAUCCAUCCUUUUAAGAGGAUUUGAUCAGGAAAUGGCAAACAAAAUUGGGGAACAUAUGGAAGAACAUGGAGUCAAGUUUGUUAAAGAGUUUGUGCCAAUUAAAGUCGAACAGAUUGAAGAAGGAACUCCUGGCAAAUUGAAAGUCAUAGCCCAGUCCACAGACGGCAGAGAAAUAAUUGAAGGGGAAUACAACACUGUGUUGGUAGCAGUAGGAAGAGAUGCAUGCACAAGGACAAUUGGCUUAGACAGAGUUGGAGUGAAGAUCAAUGAAAGAUCAGGAAAAAUUCCUGUCAGUGAUGAGGAACAAACAAAUGUGCCUUAUAUUUAUGCCAUUGGAGAUGUGUUGGAGGGCAAGCUGGAGCUCACACCAGUGGCAAUCCAAGCAGGUAGAUUGUUGGCUCAAAGGCUUUAUGCUGGAGCAACCUUAAAGUGCGACUAUGUGAAUGUUCCAACCACAGUGUUCACACCACUGGAAUAUGGAGCCUGUGGAUUCUCAGAAGAGACAGCGUUGGAGAAGUUUGGGGAGGAAAAUAUUGAGGUUUACCAUAGUUAUUUCUGGCCACUGGAGUGGACUCUCCCAUCUAGAGACAACAACAAAUGCUAUGCAAAGAUAAUCUGCAAUAUUCAAGAUAAUGAGCGAGUUAUCGGUUUCCAUGUGCUUGGUCCAAAUGCUGGAGAAGUUACCCAGGGGUUUUCAGCAGCCAUCAAAUGUGGACUGACAAAAGCGCAGUUGGACAACACAAUAGGAAUUCAUCCAGUUUGUGCAGAGAUAUUCACCACGCUGUCAGUGACGAAGCGUUCUGGUGGAAAUAUCCUUCAGUCUGGCUGCUGAGGUUAAUCACCCCCAUUGUUGUUGCAUUUGCCAGAGACUGACUUUCAUCACCACGGCUGACUUGUGCAAGGAAGAAGAAAACAUCUCCAAACAAGCUGUCCUCAUCAUCCUCAGCAGCAGUGGGCACCCCCUUCACCAAAGCAUUCACUUAACUGAAUGAGAAAAGCACAUUGGGAUUUGUUAGUCACUCGUGAUGAUUGGAUGGCAAUCGGCAAAACAGUGGGAGUAUUUAACAUCAAGCUGCUGCUUGGCAAGGCAUCUGCAGGAUGCUUCCAUGAUGUUGCAGCCUAAACCCAGUAUUUUCUGGUAGGCAGCGAUGGAAGAACUGCUGGCACAGUUUGAGAAUAACCCUUUUCUCCUAAACGAAAAGCUUCCUAACUUAAAUGUGUAACCACAAGUACUGAUAGUUCUAUGGUAUCUCCAUGUACUGCAUUAUAAAACAGUAUGAUGGUGACACUUCCUCAGUAAGCCUGCAUAUCAUCAGAUCACAGUAAUGCAGCAGGUGAAUUAUGAGUAUAGAGGGGUGAUCUUAUCUCAUGUUUCAUUCUGAGUCACAAAAUAGCCUGUCACAUACAUUUAGCCAUAAUUAGCAAUAUCCAGAAUAGCAAGUCUUUUUUGGCUUCCAAAAAUCCUAAAACCAAAAUUAAUCCCUCAUAGUUUCUUAUCCUAGAGAUGAAUACUUGUUACCACGGUUGCCCCUUGUACUUUCCUCUGUGAAAGGAAAACGUUUAUCUUGGAAAGGCCUUGUCUACAUGGGAAC